CGUCAGGAAGAAGUCUACAUUUCCAUAGCGUGUGUGAUGAUGUUAAUGAUGGACAAGCAAAUGCAGUGAUCCUAACUGAGAAAUCCUCCUAAAUUUGUGCGAUGGUUGUUUCAUGCUGCAGAAGGCCUAAGGAGAUGUCCACUGUUUCGAAGAGGUACAAGCUAGAUAUGGUGUUUAUGAAGAGACUCUGUCAUCUUCUGCCCGUCCUCUUCCUGUCAUGGAAGUCUGCUCAGACAAUUCUCUUCUUCCUGCUACUACUGAUCGCAGGUGGAGAACAAGGUGCAGCUUACUUUGUAGGCUUGAUCCCCAGUCAAUUCUACGUGGUUCUCCCUGCUAAAGACUGGUCUGGUUUCCUUACAGUCCUAUGGCAAUCUCUGCUCUACAUUGUACUGAUUUCUCUGAUAAAGAGUGCCAAGACGUACAUCAGCAAGCUAUUGUAUGUAAGAUGGAGAGAAGCAAUGACAGCACAUCUUCAUAAACUCUACUUCAAGGCUUUUAAUUACUACAAACUCAAUGUCUUGCAAACGGGCAACGUCGAUAACACAGAUCAGCGUAUCACCCAGGAUGUGGAGAGGUUAUGUAAUCAACUGAGUCUGGUUGUCCCAACCCUUAUCGUGUCACCAUUCACUAUUGCUACUUACACCUAUCUCACAUAUGAAAUCACCGGCUACCUAGGGCCUCUGGUCAUCUAUUGUUAUUUCAUCGUUGGUAGUGUCAUCAAUAAAUUCAUCAUGUCACCGGUGGUCAAUCUAACCUACCAGCAAGAGAAACAAGAAGGGAUAUUCAGGUUCAAGCAUGCCCAGCUGAGGGCCAACUCAGAAUCGGUAGCCUUCUACUCAGCUGGUGGAGUGGAAAAAGACAACGCUGACCGCAAGCUCUUCAGUCUUGUGGAUGUCCAGCUGACACUGACCAACUGGGAGUUCUGGCUCAAUGUUGCUGUAAAUCUGUUUGAUUACCUUGGCAGUAUUCUGAGUUACGUCAUUAUUGCUAUACCAAUAUUUGCUGGAGUCUACAAUGGGGUUCCUGCUUCAGAGAUAUCGGGUCUUAUCAGUGCUUAUUCCUUCCAGACCAUGUACCUGAUCAGCUGUUUCUCAAAGUUGAUUGAUCUCUCCACCAAGAUCUCUGAUAUAGGUGGCUAUACUCACAGGAUUGGGGAGCUUCUCGAAAGCUUAGAAGAGCUGUCGCCCAACACCAAGAAGUCUCCUGAAACGGAUGAAUCAUCGCGACGAAACAUCCUCCAUCUCGAUCCCGACAGCGACAUGACCCCGACCAUGACCUCUGACACCCACUUCCUCAUCUCGGAGAUGGACCGGGACAGGGAAUACCUGUCGGAGGAUGCUAGGGAGGGGCUUACCAGAAGGGAGGAGGAGGAGGAGGAGGUUAGCAGCGUGGAUAGUCUGAUUGCAUUCCAGCUGGACCAGGUUGCCGUGGCGACUCCAUCCAAGGAGGACAUCCUCAUCAAAGAUUUGACCCUAGAAGUGGUAGAAGGACGUAACAUCCUGAUCACAGGCUCAACGGGGAGUGGUAAGACGUCACUUCUCCGUGUUCUCCAUGGUCUGUGGCCAGUCAUGAGUGGUACGGUGGAGCAGAGAGGGGUACGUCCACGGGACAUCAUGUUCCUACCGCAGAAAGCUUACCUAUCGGAUGGAACGUUGAUGGAACAGAUAACAUACCCAUCCAAAAACUCCAUGAGAUUUUCAAGAAGUCUACUUGAUGAGGACCCAGAUCCAUGCCAGAUCCUGGACCAGGUAGGCCUCGAGGGCUUGGUCCAUCGCUGUGAUGGGCUAGAUACGCCGGUCUCCUGGAACUGGUACGAUGUGUUAACUCCUGGAGAGGCCCAGUGUCUGGCGUUUGCAAGACUGCUAUACCAGAGACCCAAGUUUGCUUUGCUGGACGAAGCAACCAGCGCAGUACCGAGUGAGAAGGAGGCCCAGCUCUACAGUCUCUGUCGAGAGGCAAAGAUGACCCUGAUCAGCGUAGGUCAUCAUGUUACGCUCAAACGCUUCCAUGACGCCGAGCUCGUCAUAGACGGUCGAGGGGGAUGGACGCUAGUGGACAUCUCUCAUAUAGAAUAGCUGACAGCCAAGAACUAGCCUUCAGUCUGUGGGUGCAUUUGUGCUGCGGUCACUAUUCUUACUGAAAGUUAAUUCUCUUAAGAAAUGUAUGAAAUUAAUUGAGUGCACUUUGUGAAAUUUGAAAUGAAAUGGAAGGCAAAUACAUGAGUGAAAUACAUUUUACAGUCAUUCAAUUUCAUGCAAAAUAUACGUACAACAA